AUGGCAAGCCUUGCCAAGCUGCGUGGAAAGAAUCUUGGCCGCGUCAUUGGCGUUAUUGGUGCCGUCGGCUUCAUUUUACAGGGCUACGACCAAGCGGUAGCCAACGGACUACUUACUUUGGCUUCAUUUAUUGCCGUCUUUCCACAAAUCGAUACUCUGAAUACUUCUGGUGCUCAAAAAUCACACAACUCCACUAUUCAAGGCACCACGGUCGCGAUUUAUGAAGUUGGAUGUGCCCUCGGUGCAUUUUCAUGUGGUUUUCUGGGUGAUCGACUCGGUCGCAGAAAGACUAUCUUCUUAGCAGGAUGCAUCGCUCUAGUUGGAAUUAUCAUCCAAGCUACGCCUUUCUCUCUGGCCCAGCUGAUUGUGGGUAGAGUCAUCACCGGUUUGGGUGUUGGUGGCUUCACAGCGACAAUUCCCAUGUACGUCUCCGAAUCCUCCGAUGCCGAAGCCCGUGGACGUAUGGUUUUGUUGCAAGGCUGGUUUGCCAUUGGUGGUGUUGCUUUUGCAACAUGGUUGGAGUUUGGUCUAUACUACGCGGGCAGCAACUCCGCCAGCUGGCGAUUCCCGAUCGCCUUCCAGGCUAUCUUUGCCAUUUUCGUCGUUUCCUGCAUCCUCUUCAUGCCCGAGUCUCCUCGUUGGCUCGCCAAAGUAGGCAGAAUUGAAGAAGCUGCAGAGGUGCUGGCACGUCUGGAGGAUGUUUCCGUUGACUCGGAGCAUGUUGCCCAAGAGCUGGAGAUCAUCCGGCAAUCACUUCUGGAGAACGAACAAAAUGAGGGCUCAACCUCUUCUUCUCCUUUCGCUCGUACCAAGAACCGCCAUCUCCACCGCACAGUGCUUGCCAUCGGCGUCAACGUCCUGGCCCAGAUGACCGGUGUCAACAUUAUUACUUUCUACUCCGAUACGAUUUUGGAAACGAACCUGGGCUACUCAGGAACCACCGCCCGUAUUGUUUCAGGCUGUCUACAGAUCUGGCAAUUUUUCGCUGCUGGUCUAGCUGUUCUCCUUAUCGAUCGCUUCGGUCGGCGCCCACUUCUUAUUGCCGCCGCCGUCGGUAUGACAAUCGCGCAAACCUGCUUAGCAGGUCUAUCUAGCGACCUCACAAACACAGCUGCAGCAAGUGCCUCGAUCGCAUUCUACUUUGUCGCGCUCUUCUGUUUCCCGAUCGGACUUUUCCUCGUGCCUUUCAUGUACGCAGCCGAGAUCGCGCCAUUGCGUACUCGUGCCAAGGUCACUGCCAUGUCCGCGGCUGCGAACUGGAUCUUCAGCUUUGUUCUGGCCGAGGUGUCGCCGACUGGAUUUGCGACUAUCGGAUACAGGUACUACAUUGUGUACGCUUGCAUCAGUGCGUCCGCCCUUGUAUUCUUUUACUUCCUCUGCCCCGAGACGAAAGGACGGACUCUGGAAGAGAUUGAUGAGAUCUUUGUCAACUCCAACUCCUUCUUCGAUACCGUCGCUGUCGCAAGGGAUAUGCCAUAUCAAACCGAGCUCCUUGCCCAUGCCGAAGAUACGGAGAAAAUGGGCAUGCAAGCUGAGCGGAUCGAGAACGUCGCCUUGGAGAAGUCUUGA